AUGGAGAGCGCAGAGGGUAUGUCCGACGCGUUGGAUGGGGAGGGCGUGGCCGGCACCGUGGCCAUGCCGAGCCCGGUGGCGUGGGCGUGCCGCGCCGGUGGCUCGUGCAGUGCAACCAAGUGGAGGGCGUGGGCGACGCGCGCCGGUGGAGGGCGACCGCGUCGACGGGGGCCGGCAGAGAGCGGCGCGGAGGCGGGGUGGACGGCCCCUGCCGCACGGGCAGGGGCGUGGGAGGCCGGCGCCGUCGGCCUGCCGAGCCCUGGCGGGCGCGUCGACGAGAGCCGGCCGGGAAGGGAGAGGAGGCGGGGGUGGCCGGGACGCCGGCGCGCCAGGCGCGCCGACCGGGGACUGCCGAGCCUGCCUGCGCUUGGGUCGGGGCGUGGCGGGGGUGGCCGGGGUGUGGCGGGCACGGCCGGCGCCGUCGCCGUGGCGAGCCCGGCGGCGUGGGCAUUGCGCGCCGGGAUGCCGGUGCCGGCCAGGAGCGACGCGGUGGCGGGAUGGAGUGUCCCCGACGCGCGGGGCAGGGCCGGCGGGGCCGGCGCUGUCGGCCUGCCGAGGCCACCGGCGGGGUAG